AUGGAUCAGGAACAACCAGCAGCUGGCGACGCGGCGAACCGAGGCCACCGGAACGAGGCCGUGGAGGCCGCCUUGGUCGCCUGCAGCCGAGAUGAUGAGGCGUUGGAAGACGUGAAGGCCCAGGGUUUAGGCGAGUUCAACGACUUCGUCACGGCGGCGGCAAGCACCGCCACAGCGGUGGCCGACGCGCGUUCUGAGGAUCAGCUGCCGCGACAAGGGUCUGGGAACUCCGGGCCCCGCAGCGGCAGGGCGCGCACCGGAGCCACCACGGCGUCGGUGGCUGCCGCGCCCGCGCCCUCGCGCGUCCGCCAACAUGAAGGGGCGGGACAAGCGGCCAGCACGUCCCUCUUUGAGGGCUUCAGCGACGACGAGGAUGCGAAGGCGAGGGAUAUGCGUGAGUUCGACUACUAUAUCAAAAUGCAGCUGCAGCAGCAGCAGACGCAGCAGCUUCUUACUGGUCUCCAGCAGCAUCCCUCUAGCUCCCUCCUCGACGGAGGGCGGCGGUGGCGGCGAGGUGGCGCCAGCGCCAGCAUCUCAUCUGGAUCUUGA